AUGGAAAGUUAUAAAAUCUUGGAACGGAUCGGGGAAGGAACUCACGGACAAGUGGUUCAAGCCAUGGAACGGUCUACUGGUCAAAUAGUGGCUAUUAAGUGCGUUCGUUCAUCGGACAAAGCGUCAAAGAACUUGCUGCGCGAAAUCGAAUCACUGAAAGCGCUGGAUUCCGAUUACGUCGUAAAGUUGUUGGAUCAUUUCUGUCACAGUUUCAGUUUCUAUUUGGUACUCGAGUUCGUGGCGUCCGGUUUGCCAGAGAUGUUGUACGACGACGAUAUAUGGCUAGACGAUUUUCAUCUGAAAACAUACGCUCGUAUGCUCCUCGCCGGUGUAGUGCAUAUGCAUGCCACCAAUAUCGUGCACAGGGAUCUGAAACCGGCGAAUUUACUGAUAAGUUCCGAAGGCGUGUUGAAAAUAGCGGAUUUUAGCUUGAGUCGUCUGCUGUUGACGACCGAUGUAGCCGAAGAUGAUCAAAGCAACCGAUGUUACACAGGCCAAGUAGCGACGCGCCGAUACCGAGCACCCGAACUCUUGUUCGGCUCUGUCCACUACGACCAGUCAAUCGAUAUGUGGUCUGUCGGUUGCAUUUUGGCAGAGAUGCAAAUGAAAACACCUUUAUUCUCGGGAGAUUCUGACAUGGAACAGAUUGCCAUCGUUGUACAUAAUUUAGGGACUCCAACUGACAAAACAUGGCCAAAUAGGAAUGAAAUGCCAGAUUAUAAUAAACUGAAGUUUACACACUGUAAUCCAGUACCAACAAAUGUAUUGUUGCCUGAUAUUGAUGAAUUGUUAGUUGAUCUAGUGGGAAAAUUAAUUUUAUACAACGCUGAUAAAAGAUUAAAUGCACAAGAGGCAUUACUGCAUCCUUAUUUUUUUAACGAACCGUUGCCAUGUUUAGAACAUCUAAUGCCAAAACCACCAAAAGAUCAUAGACAAAAACUUUUACCCAAACCAACUGAAGUGAUUGAAAGUUUGGAUAAAAAUUUUAGUUGUUUAUAUACAAUACUUGAUGAGACGUUGUAA